AUGGUUUUGCUGCCAGCCAGCUUGACGGAGGAAGAGGAGUCUCUGCAGCGGAAAUAUGCCAAACUGAAAAAGAAGAAAAAAGCACUGCUUGCCCUGAAGAAACAGACAUCCACUAAUCAGACAAGCCAGGCUGGGAUCAAAAGAUCUAUGUCUGACCAGCCAGCAGUGGAUACGGCCACAGCUACAGAACAGGCAAAGAUGCUGGUGAAGACUGGAGCUAUUAGUGCUAUCAAGUCUGGGACCAAAAACAGUGGAUUCAAGCGUUCCCGGACUCUGGAGGGCAAACUUAAGGACCCUGAUAAAGGCCCAGCUCCAACUUUCCAGCCCUUCCAACGAAGUGUCUCCACUGAGGAGGAGCAAGCCGAGGCCUCACGACGUACCCAGAGGAAGUCACUUUACGAGAGCUUUGUCAGCUCCAGCGACCGAAUGCGAGACCCCGAAAGGGAGCUGGAGGAUCGAGAGAGUGACAGAGACUCUCGACGUGCAGAAAGAGAGUCGUAUGAUAGAGAGCGAGACCGCGGCAGAGAUCGGGAGCGUGAUAGAGAAAGGGAUCGGGAGAGAGACCGCAGCGAUAGGGAUCGAGAGAGAGAGCGGGAUCGAGACAGAGACUUCUAUAGAAGGUCGGAUUCUUUCUCGGACCGCCGGGGUCCCAGAAAAGGGAACACUGUAUAUGUUCAUGGUGUCGGAAUGAAGAAGCAGAUGCUUAUGGACGCCUUCUCUAAAUUUGGGAAAAUUAUCGACCUCGCCAUGGACGAUCAACGAAAGUGUGCCUUUGUUACAUUUGACAAGAUGGAAUCAGCAGAUCAGGCCAUACAAGAGCUUGAUAACACAAAGAUUGAAGAUGUCGCGGUCAGCGUCAGCAUUGCUCGGAAGCAGCCGAUGUUGGAUGCCGCCAUUGAGAAAUCCGUCUGGGGCCAGUUGGCUGUCCACAACAGUGUGAAGGGCUCCCACAAAGACAAGAGGGCACAGGUCAGCUAUUCAGAAGAUUACUUCAGCGUAACCCCAGCAGCACCCCCCAACAAUCCCAGCUGA